CAAAGUCCAUUGUUAAGCAGGCAUGUUAGUGGCCUUUCCUCAUCUGGAUAUAUCAACAUAAAAAGUCCAGUGCUCAGUUGCCAGCCAGUUCAGGAUAUCACCGACACCUCUGCCCAUUCCCAGAGAAAUAGCCUACAACAGGACAGUCAAAAAAAAACUGAGAAAUCUUUCUACUCGCCGAAUCAAAGUCCCAACCGCAGAAGACAUCAUUACCCAGAUGGAAGUAUCAGUUUUUCAGCAAGUCCAAAUUCUGCUCAAAGGAAAGAAGCCAUGCUUUCCAGACCCAUUCCAUUUGAUGUUUCUCCAUCUCCAACGUUUCACCAUUCCAAUCGACAGGAGACUUCCCAAUACACUCAGAGAGAUGCGUUUUUUAACCAAACUUCUGAAGCUUCAUCAUUUCCUCAUCGCUCCAGUAUGGAAAUCACAUCAACAGUUUCAAGAGCCUCUUUAGCAUCUAGUGCUUCAGAUGAAUCCAAUACUAGUGAAAUUGUUGGACCACCUCAUCAAUGGUAUGUGAACCGCAGUAAUGAUGACCAUCAAGUGCCUUUAAUGAAAGACAUAUCGGAAGGUCCUCUGGGCUAUUCAGGUGGUAUAUCACGCCAACAACUUCUCAAUGGACCUUGCCCCAUUUGUGGAGAUCGUAUAUCUGGGUUUCACUAUGGUAUCUUCUCUUGUGAAAGCUGUAAAGGCUUCUUCAAGAGAACAGUGCAGAACAAGAAAAACUAUGUUUGUCUUAGAGGGGCCAAUUGUCAUGUUGCAAUAAACACCAGGAAGAAAUGUCCAGCUUGUCGAUUUAACAAAUGUUUGAAAAUGGGAAUGAAACUGGAAGCGAUCCGUGAAGACCGCACAAGAGGGGGUCGAAGUACCUAUCAGUGCUCAUAUCCUUUUCCCAGUCAGUCUGUAAAUGACCCCUGGAUUCAAGUAAGACCUGAGAACGCUAUGGGCGUUGCAUACACAAACUCGCUUCAUCAUGACUCGGAAAAGUUAUACCAGAACUACAGAAAAGGUGGUUAUCACAGCUCAACAUCAAACAGUUCUUCACCAUUUAUUCCACAGCUGAUUCAUGACAUCAUGUCAGUAGAACAUCUGUGGCACUAUUCAGAAAAAGAGAGUACUAAAAUCCCAGAUCUGGAACACAAGUCCACAGAUGGUGACUUCCUUACAAAGCUCUGUAAGGUUGCCGAUGAUAGGCUUUAUAAGAUAGUAAAGUGGUGUAAAAGUUUGCCUCUUUUUAAAGAAGUCCAAAGGGAUGAUCAGAUUGCUCUUCUAAUCAACUCCUGGUGUGAAAUGCUGUUACUAAGUUGCUGCUACCGGUCCAUGUCUACAUCUAAUCAAGUCUGCAUCUCACGUGACAAAUCUGUCAAUCUACAACAAGCACAGCAAUCUGGCACCUGCCAUGUAAUAGAGCGCAUGUUAAGUUUAAUAGAUCAUUUACGCAAACUUCAACUAGAUAAGCGUGAGUUUGUUUGUCUAAAAGUCAUCAUUCUGUUAACCUCAGAUGUCAGUGGCUUAAAGGACCCACAUAAGGUACAAACCUGCCAGAAACAAGUGCUUGAAGCUCUCCAGGCCUAUACUUAUAGUCAUUACCCUCAUUUGCCCAGUAAAUUUGGAGAGUUGCUCCUACGAAUCCCUGAAUUGGAACGAGCAUGUCAGUUUAGCAAGGAAUCGCUAGACAGCAAACAACGAAGUGGUGGUGAUACAUCAAGUUUUCACUUGCUAGUGGAGCUGCUUCGGGGUGAUCACUAACCUUAUGUAAAGAUAGCACCUGCAAAAUGUUUACUAGUAAAGUGGCUCGAUGAUGGAGCUGCCUUCUCUUGACACAUUGUUGAAGAGUUAUUUAACAUAAAUCUGUCAGUGAAAUAAACUUAAUAAAUUUCAACUGUAUAAUUUUAAAUGUCGCAGAUCUGCCAGAAUUUAAAAAAUAAUUAAUCUAGUUACUUUUUUUUUAUAAGGAAUGUUUACCAUUAAUUUCUCUUUACUUUUGUCCGGAAUAUCAGAAAUGUUCAUGGAGAAUCGGAGAAUCAUUUGCUUUACUCUGUUGUUUUUCUUUUUUUGGGGGGGGUGAUAUAAGGGCCUGGUGAACCUAAAAUUAAGCUAUCUGGAAAUGUUAACAUUUUCUGUAAGCUGCUGAAAUCCAAGGUUCAAAUAUAUGUUAGUAUAGUUUAAGUUUAAAUACUGUUGAUUUUUAAAUCACAGGCUAAAGAUAUAACACAUCUAACAUUGUUUCUGGUACAUGCUACACAGCUAAUACAAGAAAGUUUCUAUUCUCCGAGCUUCUGGGUUAGAAUUCUCACUUAUCCAUAUCAGAUUUCAGAAUGUGCUAUGAUAGUGAUAAUCAGGGCAAAAAAAGGAUCAAGCAAAGAUUCCAAAUGCAGAUUGAUGGGAUUGGUGUAAAAUGGAAUGAGGUUUGCUACACUUAAUACAUUGUAAUGUGUGUGUAUUUUUUACUUUAGGCCUGCGAGAUGUAUGUCAAAAGUAUCUUGUUGCCUUCCUCAUACCCCUGCCACCAAAUGGGUUAAAAGUCUGCCGUAAUAUGCUGCCUGAUGAUCCUCCUUAUCUUGAUUCUCCCAAAUAUUUCUGUCCAAUCUGGUCAGUGAGAAUUUCUAAUCUUCUCUGGAACCUGUUUGGAGAACAGAAACCUUGUUUGAGAAUUUUGUGAUGUGUUUCCUUUUUCUAGCAUUAGGCUGGCAUCAGUGAUAUUUAAAUUGAUCUCAGUAACAUUUAAGAUUGAUUUCUAAUAAGACAUAACUAGAAAAUAAUUCCUUUUUUUUACCCUAUUUGAUAGAUAGUUUCUUGUCGUUUGACCUGAUCAAACAACUGGAAAGAUUUAUCAUCUUUAUAACACAGGCAAGUGUCUCUUACAUCACUUUAAGUGAUAUCUAGUUGACACUUUUGUUUCCCUGUGAUUUUGUACUUUUUUCUCGGUCGAAAACUUGAAAAUCUCUACUCUUAAAAGAGUAACAAGUUUUUUUAUUAUUUUAGUAGGCAGUGUCACUAUUAAGUAUUUCAUACAAUACUUUUUAUGUUGACUUAAGACAGUGUAAAUGGUUGAAUUCCUGACACAGUGGGUAUCUUAGUUUGAUAUCCACAUUGUGACAGAGAUGAAUGUUUUAUUGACUUUUGCUUUCUGUGCAUUAUUUUUCAACAGAUCAAAACUUUUAUUAUUUUAAGUGUUAAUUUUAAUGCAUCUUGUGCUCUAGCAGAUUAAUCAUUGAAACGAAAUUGUCACUCUUACAUUAAGAUAUUUCAGUGAAUCUGUUCUAAUCACUUAGUGUUUGAUAUCAAAACAUAGUUUCAGUUUAAAACUCUAAAGGUAUGUUAUGGAAAAAGUUGAUCUUGUUAAGAUUUAAAACUCAAAUUUGGACAAACAUCUUAUGUAAUGUGUGCCAAUAUAUAGUACUAAAUAUUUGCAGCUACAUGGUGCCAAUUGUAUGUUAUUUGAAUAUUAGGUUAUAAAAAAAAACUACUUAAACAAAUUGAGCCAUGUCGUGAACUGGGCUUUAAAGAAGAAAUAGCACAAGUUGAGAAUGAAAGGCUGUAAGCAAAAAUCAAAAUCUUUUGGCCAUCUUUAUUUUAAGGCCAUUCAUUUAUAUUAUCAACUAAUAUGUGUAAUGCAUAGAUUAUUUUUUGUUAUUAAAUGCAAACUAUAAUGUUAAGAUAGGAAGAACAAUUUGUAUUUUGAAGGAGUUUCUUUCUGUUUGACUCCAUUAUUUGUUGAAAAAUAAGCACAAAAAAGGUAUGUUUCCUAUAUUUGGAUUUAGUUUAUCCUGUGAUAGAAACUAAGGAAAGGUGCAUUUAAGAUAACCCAUUUCCAUAAAUGACUUAAGAGAGUUUAUGUCACUUUUCAAUAAUAUUGUCUAAUUUAGAAUUUAACAAAUACAGGAACCCUUAGCAUACUUUUUUGGCAUAUUAAUUUUAACUGCAGUACUUUCUAAAAAAAAACAUUAAACAAAUGAAGGUCCAAAACAAAUGCAGACAGCUAAUGCUAUAUUUUAGUAAGAUUAUUUCAAGAAUAUUCUGAAUAUUUAAAAUUUCCUAAUGUACCCAUUUAUGAAUAUGUGUAAUUGAAAGAUUGUGACAGUAACGUCCCUUAUAUUUUAAAUUUUGUCAUAUAUUUUUAGGUUACAAGAUAUAUUGAAAAAGCCCAAGCACAGACAGGCUUUUAAAGAUUUGAUACCUAAAACAUGCAAUAAACUUAUGUAUAUGUACCUAUAAUGCAAAUUUUGUUGUUCCAGAGAUUUAAAAUUAUGUAUAUUUUUGUUGCCUUAAUUUUUUUUCUUUUGUUGAUAUGAUUGCACCUACCAAAGAAAUUUCCUUCUUUUGUUAUUGAAACCAGCCCAACAAAUUUGAUAUAAAUUUUAAGAUCUUAAUAUGUACAUGUAAGUAUGGAAAAAAUCUUUUAAAUUCUUUGCUAAGUAGUUGACUUUUUGUUAAAAUUUAUAUCACUUGACGCUAUUACUUUCGAAUACUGAACUUGAGAUCUAAAAGUGUUUUUUUCAUAACAGGACAAGGACCAAUGAUUGUGUUUAUUAAUUUAAUACAUUUUUAUGGUUAUGGUAUUUUUAGCUAGGUUUCUUGAAAGGGAGAAAUGUAUGUUUUUUUUUCCCCCUUUAUUUGUGGUAUUCUUCAAAAAAUUGCCAGCUUAAGGUAUUUGUGAUUAUUCUUGCAAUAAUUAAUUAUAACUAAUUCUACAGUCUAUAGGUGGGAAAAUGAAAUUGAGAAUGUAUAAAAGGGUCUGUUGUUUCUAAGAAAAUAAACCCAUUAUUUGAGUGAGAUAACCAUGCAAUUUGUAAAUAAUAUUUUGAAUGAUUUACAAGUUGUUUCUAUAUUUUCUUUAUCUUUUAAAGGA